AUGGUUGUAUUAGCAGUUCUUGAAAUUGGUACGAAUAUUGACAGGUGGAUCAGUGAUUGGAGAUAUGGUAUAGAAUCGUUGAAUAACAUUUUAUCAUUAUCGAAAUCAGCUCUAAGGAACAGAUUAUCUAAUGAUCCACAAAUUUUAGAGCUUGUUGACAGCUUCCUUCAUAUUUUCCCAAAGAAUUGGCGAAAAGAUGAAGCUUUAAGCAUGGUAUUGAAUAAAAGUGGGCAAUUGGAUCGUGGAGAAGAAAUUCAUGCCGUAAUUGUUGAGAUGUACAAAAAAAUUUUGAUGCUUUUCUUGAAGUUAGCUAGAGACAUUUGGAAGCAGUUUGUUGACGAACAAAGCCAACAGAAAAGCUCUCUCUUCAAUUUAAAUCGAUUGUUCCGUGCAAUUGUAAUAUUUAAAACCUCAAAUCAAAAUGCUGUCGGGAAUAUCGUGACACAAGCACUUGCUGCAAGGCAGUUCACAGAAGAGGAUAUUGAAACAUUUAUCAAAACUGUAGAACAGGAAUUAAUUGACUACAGCAGUGAUAUUGCAUUUUCUAAAAACAAUGUCAAUAAAAUGGAGUCAUUUUUGGAGAAAUGUUUAAUAAAUUUUGAGGGAUUAACAGCUGUUUCAUCGCUGUUGUUUAAUCAUCAUAAAUCACAAGCAACCUUAUGUAGUUUCUUGAAUAACUUAGCUCUUUUCGUGGAGAAUUUGGAUGAGCAUUAUUGCAUGGAGCAGAUAAUGAACACAUCAGCAGAUUUGCGAGGAACAUUUAAGAUGUUGCUAAUAUUGGUAGAUAACGUGAUAACUUCAGCGUAUGCUCUUUUUCACACUUUAAUUGACUGUCUUACUUCAGUCGAUGAAUUAUAUACUGUUAUUGUUAACUGCUUGCAAUACACAAGGUUUAUUUUUUACUACAGUAUUAUUUAUCCAAUCGAUGAGAUUCUUAAUCGAUGCGAUGAAGAACAAAGGAUUUAUAUAAAUACGAGCCUCGAAUAUAUCAGAGAGAAUUGUACUACAAAUGUUUUGAAACAGUUGAAAAAACGUGGUUUGCUUGUUGGCCUUGGAUCAUCUGCUAAUCAGGAAGUGCAGAGUAAAAUCGAUUAUCUGGCCGAACUUCUGCCCCAUUUCUCGCCCCAAUUUAUUCAUUUGAGCCUGCGACAUUUCGGUUAUCAAACUGAACAAACAGCAAAUGCAUUAUUGAAUAAUAAUGAAUUGCCUUUGGAUCUGCAAGCUUUAAUGUCGGUAGAACUAAAAGCAGAAAAUACAUCAAUGAUUGUUGCCGGCUGUUCUCCCUUUUAUGAUUUUACCGAUGAUGAAAUUUGCGAUUGUAAAGCGAACACAAGCGAGAAGAAACUGUCAGAUGCAUUAAUUUGCAUGAAACCACCACAUCUAUCCACCAGUAAACAAGAGGGAGAAUCUCUUGGCACCGCUCAUAAUGCUUUCGAAUCAAAAACAAGUAGUAUCCGGAAAGAUUUGGAGGCUGAAUUUGGUAUCGAAGCAUUUUUAAAGGAAAGAAAAAUGAAUACAGAAGUCAAAAAUAAGCCGUUAUUCACUGAAACAUUUGAUGUGCCAGACUCUGAAAAGAUUGCCCUAAGGCCAAGCUAUGAACGAUAUCGUUAUAUGGAAACAACGUCUGCGGAAUACAAUCUGUAUGAUGAUGAAUAUGAUGAUACGUAUGAUGAUCAGCACCAAAACUACGAUUUUGAUUUCAGAGAUGGCGAUGUUGCAAUCGAGAACAGUGGAAUCAAACCAAAUACGAAUCGUAUGCAAGUGGACAGUGAUGUAGAUGUUAAUACAGAGAAUCAGGAGGAGAAAACAAGUGAAAAAGGUAGUUCAAGGAGGAAAAAACACUUUAAAAAUGGUCGACAAACAAUGAGUGCCGUCAUGUUGGAUGAGCAAAAUCAAAGUAAUGUCUGUACGAAGGAAGCGGAAGAGGUGAAACAUGCAUCAGGAAGUGGUCCUAACGAAAGGCAUAAACCGUCAUAUACCGGUGGACGGGGUCGACAAUUAAAAGAACGCCAUAAAGGUGAAUUUAGACGACGACAAGCUGAUAAAAAAAUGCGUAGUGGAAUGUUUUGA